AUGGCGUCGCUCCCGAACGACCCGCGACCGGCGACGCCGGACACGGAGGACGUCCGACCCGCGCCUGCGGUGGUCGAUCGAGAGGGCGCGCCGCGGUACUUGAUCGGCGGCGAGGGUGGGGAUUUCAUCGCCGCGACUUUAUCGAGAGCGACCGACGUGCAGGCGUCGAUGGAGCGCGUGCGCGCGCUCGGGGCGCUGAGCGAUCGCGAUGCCGAACCCGUGCUUGGUUUAUUGAGCGCGUUAGGAAUCAGAAGGGGCGAGGCGUAUCGAGAGAUGCUGGAGAGAGCGACGAAGGAGUUGAUUCGCCGAGUCGAGACGCUUCCUCAAGGGACGUUGUUGAGCUUGCUGGACGCGUCGUUCCCGUACAUCGGGAUCGAGGAGCUGAAAGCGGUUCCCCUCGCAGUUUUUGCGCACAUGUCCCCGGUGCCGAGCUCGUACCUGAAGCAGGUGAGUCGGGACUUGGUGAUCUUUCGACAGCUUCCGGUUGAGGUGCAGCGACAGUGUUGGGCGUUGGAUUGGCAGUUGUUGAGACGACACGCAUCGCCGUCGAUGAUGGCGUACGGCGAGGAGACGGCUACGAUAGAGGCGAUGAUAAAUCAGAAUAUCGAGCUCACGCCGCUGCGGGCGGACGAGGAUUGGUCGCCAAGAGAGGAGGGAGCGAAGAAGAAAGGGGACGUGAGCGGGACGAUGAAUAGGCAAAAGAUUCGCAAGGAGAGCGAGAGCGUACAGAGGCUGAUGCGAAUCAUCGGUAAGACACCACGGUUGUACAUUGAGAUCGUUCGCUUGUGUCGAGCACAUUUUGCGAAUAGUGGGGACGACGCGGCGUGCUCGCUUCGAUCGCAACUGCUCAUGGCUUUCCACGACGCGGGUGAAAUGGAGAUGUGCUCGAUGGACAAGUGCCAUCGCCUAGCGUGGCUCAUGGAUACGUGCAUUCGGGACCGGUACUUGGACGGUCGUCGUCUGAAGGAGAUGGGAACGAUUCUGGAAACAGCGGUAGAAAAAGCGAAUAAGAUGGGCGGGCGCAAGCCGCCGAAGCCGCAGGGGCCGACCCGCUUUCGUUUGGUCGGCCUCGGCGUGGCGCCGAAAAAAGAUGGAAAUGAAAGCGACGAUGGUGGUAGCAUCAGUCGCGUUCACGAUGCGCACGAGAAGGACGAAAAAUUUGAGCAAGUACCCGGAGACAUGGGCAUGAUUUUAGCAGAUCCGCCCGUGUUGCACCUUCUUUUGCAUGAGACGGUUCGCACGCUCGAAGGCGUCAUCGAGGCCGAGCGAGUGCCGGCAAAAGAACGCAGACUGGACGACUUGACGAAAUUCAUCUGUCUCGCACUCACCUCGCAAGCGUGCCUGAUGGAGAAGGUGAACUACAUUCCAGCGACGCCGAAAGAAAUUUGCGUCAAGUUUUUUCCACUGCUCAGCGAUUUGAUGCUCAGCGUGAUGUUGCGCGAGAGCGACGACGGGAUAGAGAGCGAAGAAGGGCCGACAAACGACAUGAACGCUGAGAUGAGAGAGAAGUUUAAGGCGUUGAUGAUUUGGUCUCCCUGUGUGCGCAAGAUCAUGUUGACGUAUGCAUUGAUUUGCUUGCAGAGAAAGAACAUCCGCACAGCCACGGAAGUGUUGGAACUCGCAGUGGAGGUACUCACGGAUGAGACGAUCGCUUACGAGGGAGCGUUCGCGACUACUCUUGCGGAAAGCAUCGCGAAACUGUUCUCUAGCAAAGAAAUCACCACCAAGGACGCAAUUUGGAAGCACGCAGUGGACGGUCUUCUAAUUCGCGCCGCGUCGACGAGUUUAGAAGCGCACAGCGAAGUUUUGCGCUUGCUUUUGCAAGCAUCGGACGACUUGAGCGCAGAAUCCCUGGCGCACGCGCUUGAGACGACGUUGAAGAACUCGAAGGCGAGUCGUAAAAGGCGCAGGAAACGUGCCAAGAAGAUCGUGUACGAGUACGAUCCCAUCGACGAGAAGGCGAAGACAACGUACGGUAGCUCGCAUAAUUUCGCAGAAGUGGAGUUGACACAACCGCCAAGAGAUACGAGCACGCUACAACCGUUUACGGCGAACGUGGACGGCAUCCGAGCCGCGUAUCAGCUCUUCGCAGCCAAAGGGAAACUGAACGAAGGCAACGCGCCCGUCUUGUUUGAUUACAUCAACAAGCGCAAUAAGCGAGACGGCAAGGAUGUUGGAAACACAGGCACCAUAGACGGGGAGACGUAUUUCGACGAUGAUGGUGAAGAUGGCGGAUCGUUGCUCGAGUUUGGUCUCUCUCGUGACGUGAAGUCGCCGAGCGUGAUAAGAGACUCGCCGCUCAUGUCGCCUCGCUGA